AUGAGAUGCAUAUCUAAUGGUCAUUUCUCCAUGGCUCUUACAAUGGUUAUGUGUGGCUGUCUUAAUUUGAUUUCUUCCUUCUGUGUCCUCCCUCUCUGUGUUGUAUCUCAUGACUGUUCUGGAUUGUCAAUUGCGGCAUUAAAGGAUGAUGAUGAUGAUGAUGCUGAGACAGGUUUAACUGAUGGAGAAGACAAGGAGAAACCAAAAGAAGAAGAAAAGCUUGGGAAACUGCAGUAUUCUUUGGACUAUGACUUUCAGAAUAACCAGCUGAUGGUUGGAAUAAUUCAAGCUGCUGAGCUGCCCGCUUUAGAUAUGGGGGGUACAUCCGAUCCUUACGUGAAGUUGUUUCUUCUCCCAGAUAAUAAAAAGAAGAAAUUUGAAACUAAGGUUCACAGAAAGACUCUCAACCCUGUUUUCAAUGAACAGUUCACUUUUAAG